AUGGCCACGGCACAAAGACUUCUCAUCACUAUGUCCUGCGACGCCAGCGCUCACUGGACGUUGCCUGCGUUCCUUCUCCUGGGUUUGCUAGCCGGGAUUGCUGCCACACACCCAGUUGUAAGCAGAACUAAUGGCACAUUGCUGGAGAGAGGAUGGCAAUCUCUGCUGUCCAGGUCCAUGGCUGGGAUGUCAGGGGAGAAGGCAGAUGUGAACUGGGAGAGUGACUAUUUGCUAGGAAUCAAGAGGCAGCGGAGGCUUUACUGCAACGUGGGCAUCGGGUUUCACCUUCAAAUCCUCCCAGACGGAAGGAUAAGCGGAGUUCACAAUGAAAACCAAUACAGUCUCUUUGAAAUAUCCACUGUAGAAAGAGGUGUUGUAAGUCUGCUUGGUGUGAAAAGUGCUCUCUUCAUUGCAAUGAACAGCAAAGGCAGGUUGUAUGGAACAGCUGUUUUCCAAGAUGAGUGCAAAUUCAAGGAAACCUUGCUGCCCAAUAACUACAACGCGUAUGAAUCCAAUGUUCACUGCGGCGCUUACAUAGCCCUGAGCAAACACGGCAAGGUGAAGAGAGGGAACAAGGUUUCUCCUGCCAUGACAGUGACCCACUUCUUACCAAGAAUAUGA